UCCGCGUCCCCGGGUCCACCCGGAUGCAGCGCGGGUGCUGAGCCCGCCCCGCCGGGACGAUGGUGAAGUAUUUCCUGGGCCAGAGCGUGCUCCGGAGCUCCUGGGACCAAGUGUUCGCCGCCUUCUGGCAGCGGUACCCGAAUCCCUACAGCAAACAUGUCCUGACCGAAGACAUAGUGCACCGGGAGGUGACCCCUGACCAGAAGCUGCUGUCCCGGCGACUCCUGACCAAGACUAACAGGAUGCCGCGCUGGGCCGAGCGGCUGUUUCCGGCCAACGUCGCUCACUCGGUGUACAUCCUGGAGGACUCUAUCGUGGACCCGCAGAAUCAGACCAUGACCACCUUCACCUGGAACAUCAACCACGCCCGGCUGAUGGUGGUGGAGGAACGAUGCGUUUACUGUGUGAACUCUGAUAACAGCGGCUGGACCGAAAUCCGCCGGGAAGCCUGGGUGUCCUCGAGCCUGUUCGGUGUCUCCAGAGCUGUCCAGGAAUUUGGUCUUGCCCGGUUCAAAAGCAACGUGACCAAGACUAUGAAGGGUUUUGAGUACAUCUUGGCUAAGCUGCAAGGUGAGGCCCCUUCCAAAACACUUGUGGAGACAGCCAAGGAGGCCAAGGAGAAGGCGAGGGAGACGGCGCUGGCAGCUGCGGAGAAGGCCACGGACCUCGCCAGCAAGGCGGCCACCAAGCAGACACAGCCGCUCGUGUAGCCCCCGCCCUCACCUCUCCCCUCCCACGUCGUCAUUAAAGCCCACUUCCAGCCCUCUGUCCUGUCUGGGUGGUGGGUUGGGGCUGGGUGUCCCGCUUGGCACCUGCAGUCCAGGCACAUCUCCCAUGUCUGAACCGGGUGCUUAUUCCCCAUGGGGCAUCUGAGGACAGGCACAGGGAGGUGUGGCCACUGGCCACCUGCGGUGACACAGGCAACACUGGCUUGUGAGCUCCGAGGGCAGGGCUCCCGGGUUUGCUCUCAAAUGCAUCCCCAGUCCCCAGAACAAUGUCUAGCACGUAGUCGGCACUCAAUAAAUCCUGUCAAACGCA